AUGGCCACGGCUUUUAUUGAGGUGGCAUCAUAUACUUUUCGAUUUCACACAGACUCCAUCGAGUUCUCGCCCUGUGGAAAACAGGUGUUGGUUGGGUCCUACGAACUUGAUGAGGUAACUGGUAAACGCAGCGGCCAACUUGUCAAGUUUGAUAUAGGGCGGAAUCAUGUGAAAAAAACCCAUGAGAUCGUGGUUCCUGGUGUUCUUGAUUUGUGUUGGAUGCGCUCUGACUUGUGUCUUGCCGCAACAAGUUCCGGAGAACUUUAUGCUAUUUCCUCUCCACUCUCACAGUCUCUCAAAAUCCAGGACAUAGCCUCUGUUUCUCCGAAGGUGCUUCUUUCAGUUGACUUUCAUAGCACAAGAACUGUUACUGCAGAUGAAACUGGGAACAUGUAUCUUAUUGACUCUCCGAAAGGACUUGUAAUCAAUACUUGCAAAGCCCAUGAGUUUGAAUCCUGGUGUGUAAGAUUUUCUAAGGCUGAAGAUAAUUUGGUGCUGUCAGGCGGUGAUGAUUGCAUGUGCUAUGUUUGGGAUCAACGCAUUGGGUUCACCAAAUGCGUAUUUAGUAGAAGACACGAGAUGGGUGUCUGCAGUGUUUCAAAUGUUCCAACCUACCGUCACUUAAUCUCUACUGUAGUGCAGAAAUCUAAUUCCAGCUUUGAUGAAAAGCUGAGGAUAUGGGACAUUCGAAGCGAUGGCGGUGGUGGCGGCAACGGAAUUGUUGUAUGUCACAGUGAGGGAGGCGGCGUGUGGCGCCAUAAGUGGUCGCCAUGCGCGAGGAGACUUCUGAUGGCCUGCAUGCACGCUGGCUUCGCAGUUGUGCGUGUGCCUGCAGGCCUCACUAAUCCUGCAUCUGACGGCCCGCUUGCCAAACCUACCUUCUACCGAUCUUCCGCCAAAUUGGCCUACGGGGUGGACUGGUGCAUCAAUGCCCGAUCAGACGAGCAACAAUGCUUUGAGGCUUUCCUUGCCACCUGUUCCUUCUAUGACAAUUGUGUGACCUUUGCCGCAUGUACUGACUGGGACUUCUUAUCCUAG